AUGAACAUCUCACGACUUCCACUGGUGGCCAAAGCGGCGGCAUUGCUAACCGUCGCAUACAUCCUCUACCAGAUAUACAUCCAACUUACUAUAGGCGCCAAGAGACGAGCGUUCCAGCGCGAAAAGGGGACCCUUCCAGUGCCAUGGCUAUAUACGCUGAAAGACAGAUUCAUGGGCGUCGAUGUGUUCAUGGAGAAUAUGAAGGCACUCAAGGCACGUAACAUCCUAGCGCUUGGCAAGAGCCGCUUCGACCUUCAGAAAGUCCGGACAUAUCGUAUGGUCAUGCUUGGGCGGGACGUAUUCAUCACCAUCGAGCCUGAAAACCUCAAGACCAUCCAAGCUGUCGACUUCAAGAAGUGGAGUCUGGGAAGCAGACGUAAGACCGCUUUCAGACCAUUGCUCGGCAUUGGUAUCUUCACCUCGGAUGGCGCAGACUGGCAGCACUCUCGCGAGAUGCUGAGGCCGAACUUCGCACGCUCACAAGUAGGAGACCUGGCGACAUUCGAACGACACGUCUCCCAUCUCGUCGAGGCUAUCCCGACCGAUGGCUCAACCGUCGAUCUCUCCGAAAUGUUCUUCAGACUCACGAUGGAUUCUGCGACGGAGUUCCUAUUCGGCGAGUCCACCGAGUCGCUCACGAAGGGCAGCAGCGAAGGCUUCUCAGAUGCCUUCAUGAGGAGUCAAGACUUCGUCGCCAACAACAGCCGAUGGGGUAGCUGGGCGAAACUCUUCCCUGCCAACAAGCAGUGGCUCGCUGAUCAGAAGUUUGUGCACGACUUCGUUGACUACUAUGUGCAGAAGAACAUGGCCAAGCGCAGCGAGUUGCUGCGGGAGAAAUCGAACGCGGAGAAAUCUGGACGCUACAUCUUCAUUGAUGAGAUCGUGAGACAGACCGAGGACCCCAUCCGCAUUCGUUCAGAACUCCUUAACAUCUUACUUGCUGGCCGUGAUACCACGGCUUCGCUUCUGACCAAUGUAUGGGAUACUCUAGCCAAACGACCGGAUAUCUGGUCGUGCUUGCAGUCAGAAGUCGCAAAACUCGAUGGCAAGGCUCCCACGUUCGAACAGCUCAAGGAGAUGAAGUAUCUCAAAGGCUUGCUUAACGAGUCACUUCGUCUCUACCCGGUAGUGCCCGUCAACUCGCGCGAGGCCCUGGAAGACACAACACUGCCGCUUGGUGGCGGACCGGACGGUUCUGCUCCCGUCUUCGUACCGAAAGGUCAAGUCGUCUCAUGGUCCACAUAUGCCAUGCAUCGGAGACGGGACUACUAUGGCGAGGAUGCGGAUGACUUCAAGGUCGAGAGAUGGCUGGAUGAUGCCGAGACUGGUCGCAAGGGUCUUAGACCUGGGUGGGAGUACCUGCCGUUCAACGGAGGUGCACGCAUCUGUCUGGUAAGUGAUUCCUCACCUGUCAAGGCGAUACAAACUGACAUUUUCAAGGGUCAACAAUUCGCCUUAACCGAAGCAAGCUACACUACCGUCCGCCUGUGCCAAGCCUUCUCGAAGAUCGAAAGCCGCAACCCGAGUCCUUGGACAGAGAGCCUGACACUGACUUGCGUGAACUUGCACGGCGCCAACGUGGCCCUGAAACUUUGA